CCCAACCCGGUGGAUCAGAGCCCACCCCGCCCGCAGGGAGCCUCCAUGUGGCUGCUGGCAUUAGGUGGGGUUUUCCUGGCAACAGCCCAGGCCUGUGUCUUCUGCCGCCUUCCAGCCCACGGCUUGUCAGGCCGUCUGGCUCGCCUCUGCAGCCAGAUGGAGGCACGAGGGGAGCAAUGUGAGGCCUCCCCAGACUUCUCGGCCUUUGCCUUAGAUGAAGUGUCCAUGAACAAAGUCACCGAGAAGACUCACAGAGUCCUGAGGGUUAUGGAGAUCAGAGAGUCUCCCCCCUCGCUCCCUUCAUACUGGCAGUGGCUUCAAAAGACCAAGCUCCCUGAGUACACCAAAGAAGGUCUCUGUGCCCCCGCCUGCCGGGGCAGCACCAUCCUGUACAACUGCUCCACCUGCGCGGGCACCGAGGUGGCCUGUUGGUCCCGCAAGCGCUGCUUCCCAGGAAGUCACGAUCUUCGGGAAGCCAGGCUCCUGCUCCUCGCCCUCUUCGGGGCUGUCCUGCUUCUAGGGGUUCUGAGCCUCCAGGUGGAGUCCCGCCUUCUCCAAGCAAAACGUGAUUUGUGAAGAGGCUGACAACCUCCCAGUCUCCAGCUCUCAGGGGUGUGUACCCACAACCUCCACAUCCCUUGGGGAGGGGGCAACAAGCCACCUCCUUAUUCCCAGCCCAAAAGGUUCCGUCUUCUAGGCCCUAAGACCCAGACAUUCCUGUGAUUCCAGCACCAAUUCCCCCCAGGAACCCCAACACCCAUAGCUGGAAAGUUCCUCCCCUCCAACCCUCAACCAAUCAGACAGAGGAAACAACCAUGCCAGGAAAAUAUUAAUAUCUCCAGAAGGAAAGAAUCCCCUCCACACACCACCGCCACUCCCACACCCCUUCCGCCUGUUCCCGGAAAGCAGGGGCUGUCUGCCCCAGCAGCUACUCUAAGCCCUCCUAUGACUGAUUGGGAAUCCGGGAAUGAGUGUUCUGGAGAACUCCCUCCCUCUGGAGUGAGACCACAUCAGUCAGACCGCUGGCAUGCUACCCUCCAUUGUGUUAGCAUUGCGAGGCCCUGGCUUCGCUCCUGCCAGGCCCAACUAAACCUCUUGUCC